AUGUCUCAACCUCCUGGUUUUGAAGAUCCAUCUCAUCCUUAUCUUGUGUGUAAACUACUUAAAUCCCUAUGUGGGCUAAAACAAGCUCCUAGGGCCUGGAAUGACCGGUUUACUCAGUUUCUUCCUUCUUUGGGUUUUGAAAACACAUACUCUGACUCCUCAUUGUUUGUUAAGCAUGUUGGUCAUGAGAUUGUGGUUCUGCUUCUCUAUGUGGAUGACAUCAUUAUAACUGGCAGUGCUUCUGGUGCAAUUACACAAGUUAUUAGUGCUCUUACUACUGAGUUUGAUAUCAAGGAUUUAGGGUUGCUCCACUAUUUCUUAGGGAUUCAAAUCACUAAAACUGCCACUGGUUUGUUUUUGUCACAAACCAAAUAUGUGGCAGAUCUAUUGGUUAAAUAUGAAAUGUUUGAUGCUAAACCCUGUGAUACCCCAUGGCUUCCUUACAACCGGUUACUCAAAGAGGAUGGGGAUCCUUAUUCCAAUCCUAAGUUGUAUAGAAGUAUUGUAGGGGCUCUACAAUACUUAACUUUCACAAGGCCAGAUAUUGCCUUUUCUGUGCAUCAAGUCUGUCAGUUUAUGCAGAAUCCAAUGGUAUCCCAUUUUACUGCAGUUAAACGUAUAUUACGCUAUCUCAAGGGCACAAUGCAAUUUGGUAUCUCAUAUACUAUGGGAGAUUUGCAGUUAAAGGCUUUUAGUGAUGCUGAUUGGGCAGGGGACCCUAAUGGCAGAAGAUCUACUACUGGUUUGGUGGUGUUUUUGGGUAACAAUCCAAUUUCGUGGUCCUCUAAGAAGCAACAAACUAUUUCCAGAUCAUCAACCGAAGCUGAAUAUCGUGCUUUAUCAUUUUCCUCAGCUGAAUUGGAUUAG